UCGCCAGCCGCUUGUGAAGACUCCUCUCACUGAAGAACUGUCUCAGGAAGGCUUGGCCGUCCAUCUUGAUGCCGUGCUCUACGUGCGAAUAACGACCCACCAGGCUCUCCACGUCGCCCACGUCGAACUGUUUUAACUCGGCCGUGUGCCGCUUCCUCUUCUGCCCAGAGAACAAAAUUAAGACAGGACACAGGAGGAAUACACGCUCGAGAGAAUCUCAAUCGUAAUUUGCGGACGUUGGCGGCAACAUGGAUGUGGCGGAUUCACCUGUGAAUGGAAGCGUCCUAAUAGUUCACCAGCUCCACGAGGGCAAGCACCAUUAUGAAGUGGAAAACGUCGUCAAGUCUCAGAAUUCAAGUGGCGGAGGAACGAAGAUGAUCAGGAAAGGAGACAAGCUGGUGCAGAUAAACGGCACCGACCUGCAGGAUUUGACCCCCGAUGAGGUGGCUCAGGCCAUAGCGGAGGGGCAGCCCAUGUUGACGGUGCACAAGUCCGGGAGGACAAAUGAGCCGCCAUGCUCGCCGCAAGAUUCUCUUUACCCCAUCUCAAAGGAGGUCACCAGACUUCAGUUCAGCAUGCAGAUGGUGCGGGAGGAAAACCUGCAGCAGAGUUUCGGGGGCGGAGAAGAAGAAGAAGAAGAAGAGAACGCUGUUGCUGAGGAUGACAUUUUCCCCUCCGAAGACGAGAAGAACGAGCCGGAACGCGAUCUGCUUGUUGUCAGCAUGACAAAAACGAGCUUCUCUGUGCUGAGAGGGAGGGGGUGCGAUUCCGGGGCCGGCUGCGGGUGGUGUCACGGGGCAGGAUGCACCCUUAACGACAUUGUCAUGGUUGCAAAGUCCAGCACUGUGACACUCGUUUCAAGAGGAGGGGGCACUUUCAAACAGAUGAGGAUGUUCGACACUCCGAUCGAACAUGUGGCCUCUCAUAAAUAUCUACGAGGACUCUGUUCGCAGAAGACGCUCUACGUCUCGCAACAACCAGAGAAAAUGACCAUUUACUACUACAAGUCGACUUGUUUGGACCCCCACUACCCGGUGGUGUUGAACUUCACGGACUCUGACUGCUUUCUCAAGUGCUCCAAGAAAGGAGAAAAUGUGAUUCUGCAAGUGGAGGCGGUGGAUAAGAAGAAGCUGAAAAGCAUUUCCAUGAACGACGAGACCACACUUUGCUUCGUCUUCUACAUGAAAAGCGACAGCACCAAGCAGCGCAAGUUUGAAUCCGCGCUCUACCGGGGCUGGUACAUCCAAAUCGCCACUUCCGAUUCCGACUCCGUGGAAAUGGCCAAGUCAGACGGACACCAAGGAAUUCAGUCGUUCCUCUUCGUCAUCCAAACAUAAGAACGUCGCAAAGUUAUACGGCGUAUUGCAUUCAUAAUUUGACAAUUAUCCAGCGACAUGUAAAAAAAUAUACAUAUAUAUAUGAAUUGUUCCCCACUCAAGAAGUAUGUAUUUGUAUCAAGCUGCCACAAGAUAGGGGCAAAGCUCGCUUUUCAAUUAGGAACACGAAGCUCCUCCCCCUCAGUGCAUGUUGUUGCCUAGCAACGAGUGACGGCGCAUUAGACGCGACAGUUCCGGUUUUGUCUUGAGAUUCCAGUUUGUGCCGUAAACGAGCGCGUAACGCAAAACACUACAACCUCAAGUCUUCUUUUGCCACCGAAAUGAACGUCAAUGACGUGGUUCUGCUCCCUCGAAAUUUGGGAAAAUGAAACAGAACGUAAAGAAAUGAACGAUUUGUAAAUCUUCAAUGUUGCAACUCAAUUCUUUGUGCUACUCCUUCUGGCGUUCCUGCCUCGGCAUUCUGGAGACAGUAUGAUAAUAUACACAAACGAAGAUGAAUAGGAAUCAACGACUUACUGUGACGAUGCUGUAAUAAAGUUUUUUUCAA